GAAAAUCUAAUAAUUUUGAGGCACUUCAAAAUCUUUUUUGUUGUGGUUAAGUCUGAAAAAAAAAUUCAGAGAAAUACAACAAAAUGAAGUGUUUCGCGGCUGUUGUAGUUGUUUUGGGUCUUCUGGGUCAGGGAUUGGCCGACACAGAUAAAUGUGAUAGUAGUAACUGUGCUAUUGAAAAUAACUGCAGGUGUUCCACAGCAGAAAAUCCUAUUGACGUUAGUGAGGCACCUCAACUAGUCGUAUUGGCUUUUGUCGAAGCAUUGACAAGUGAGCUGUACACAAGCAGAUGGUCGGUACUGUUGGAAUCCAGGAAGAAUCCAGAUGACAGUUACAUCGGCGCUACCUUCUAUGUACCACACGAAUACACUGACUACCAGAGGGUUCAAGACUUGGCAGCUAUCGGCUUUGAAGUCGGAGUUCACUCCAUCAGUUCUCUAUCAAUUUCUAGCAACGACCCUCACCAAGAUUACUGGAAGGACGCCAACCAAUCUCUGCUCGAACUAGAAUUCGGAGGCCAGCGCACAAUCAUCUCGAAAUUCGCCAACAUUCCCGAAGAAUACAUCACCGGCGUCAUGACCCCCCAACUGCAACUGUCCGGUGACAAUUCCAUCAACGCCUUCAAGGCCCAAGGCUUCAGCUACGACAGUUCGUGGCAUUCCAAGACUGCCCUCUUCCCAUACACCUUGGACUACCUCUCGGGGCAGGUCUGCGAUGUGGGCAGCAACUGCCCUACUGAAUCUCAUCCAGGAUUUUGGGAAGCCCCAAUCAACGACUUGGCCGGACAAAAUAAUGCCGUAUGCGCUACGGUGGCUGCUUGUUUCAAAAAUACUACCGACUUGACUAAACAAGAAGUUUCCGACUUCGUAUACCAACAAGUUGAAAAACAGAGAAACAAGAAAAAGGCUCCAGUAACCCUCAUCAUUGAAUCGACAUGGUUCGACCAAGUAGAAACCUCUUGGGACGGAUUGGUUGACGCUUUGGACAGAUUGGAGGCAUUGGAUGACGUUUUCUUUGUCACUCAAGCCCGUGUAAUCGAAUGGCUCAAAGACCCUCAGCCUAUUUCGAAUUUCACCACAAAUCUCAAAGAGGUGACUGCCGGAUGCUCUCAGUACAGUUGUACACUGACAAAACCUGACGGAACUACUAGAUACAUGAACUCCUGCAUACCUUGUCCUAAAACCUACCCAUGGUUGGGCAACCCUGAAGGCAACUAAACGACGAAAUGAAUUUAUGAAUUUUGAAUAUAAUCUAAUUGAAAAUAUACUUAUAUUAUUGAA